CUAAGAUGGCAGAAAAUUUACGAGAUGAAAAAAAAGAGAAAAAUAAAACACCAGAACAACUAGCCAAAUGUUUUCCAAUUAUGUCAAAAUUCAUCUCACCUCAUUUGUUAUCAUUGAUUACGUGUAAAGGAAUUUUUCCGUAUAAAUGGUUAAAUAAUAAAACAAAAUUUAAUGAGACACAGCUCCCAUCACGUAAAGAUUUUAAUAGUGAUUUAGAUGGGUUUAAUUACUGUGAUCAUAAUUGUAGAAUAAAAAAAUGUGA